AUGGGAAACCUCCUGUCCGCCAUGUUUUCCGCCACGGACGUGCAGCAGGAGUGGAACAGGGGAGAGCUGUGGGCGUUCGUCUACAGGAUCAUGUUCAGUGCAUCCUUCAGGACGCUGUUCGGGAGACACAAGGAAAACAAAGACGAGACCGCCCGACUGGUUCACUCCAUGGAAGAGUUUCAGAAAUACGACAAGCGCUUCCCAGAAAUCAUUUCGAACGUGCCGUGGUGGCUCAUGGGACAAACCAGGAAGCGAUACGAAUAUCUGAAGUCCAUGGUAUCUCCGGCUGAGCUGAGCCAGCGGGGCUUGUCCGACUUUAUGCGGAUGCGACAGGAGAUUUACACAGACGGAGAGCUGUCUGCUGACGAGAAGGCGGCCUUCAACUUCGCAACCAUGUGGGCUUCGCUGAGUAACACGUUACCCGCCGCCUUCUGGACCCUGUACCACCUGCUGAAGGAUCCGGUUGCCAUGGCCGCCGUCAGGGCAGAGGUGGAUCAGCUUCUGAAGGAGACCGGUCAGACCUUAGAGAACGUGAAGGAGGGAGGCGAGAUGAUCCACGUGACGAGGCAGCAGUUGAACGACAUGAAAUGCCUCGGUAGCGCUAUCAACGAGGCAUUGCGCAUGUGCAGUGCCUCGAUCAUAAUCCGCGUGGCCACCGAAGAUGCCGAGCUGGCCCUGGAGUCCGGCAGUACCUUCCGCAUCCGCAAGGGGGACAGGGUGGGUCUAUAUCCGGGCUUUCUGCAUAUGGAUCCCGAAGUCUACGAUCAUCCUGAGACCUUCAAGUACGACCGUUUCUUGGAAAACGGCCAGGAGAAGACCGCGUUCUACAAGAACGGCCGGAAGUUACGUCACUACCUGCUUCCGUUUGGCCAUGGCGUCAGCAUGUGUCCCGGAAGGUUCUUCGCGCUGAACGAGAUCAAACAGCUCGUCACCAUCGUGGUCUGCUACUUCGACAUGGAAUUAAUUGACAUGGAGACCCCUCCCAUGGACCAGUCACGGGCCGGGCUGGGCACUUUAGCGCCUCUCAACGAUUGUCUGUUUCGCUAUAGGUUUAAACAGGGCUGUCUGUGAGUGUAUGUAUCACCCUUGGACACUCUAUGGCUUUCUGAAUAAAACGUUAU